UAGGUAAGGUAGGUAGCGAUCGAGAAUGGCGAUGGCGAUGACGGAGGCGGAGAAGGAGCCGCUGACGAUGUUCGCGGUGGUGGUGAUGGCCAUCCUGGCGGGCGCCAUGGCGGUGGUCGGAGUGGAGCGGCUGAUCCGGGGGCGGUUCACGCUCUUCUCCAUGCUGCGCUUCCUGCUGCGCUCCACCUUCCUCCUCACCCUCCCGCUCCUCUCCUCCAUGUCGCGCGGCGGCGGCGACGGCGACCCGGAGAAGACGAAGCGCAUCCUCUUCGUCAUCCUGUGGCUGCUGCUCAUCGAGCUCAUCCGCAAGAAGGUGACCGGCAUGGUGCGGUCAGUCGCCGACUCCGGCGGCUUCUCCAGGGCCGCCGGCCGCUUCAGGCCGAUGGGCCACUCCGACGAGGUCACCCGCCUCCUCUGGAUAGGCUACCUCAUCUUCUCCAACACCGACUACGCCGCGAAGGAGAAAGGCGGGACGAACACGGUGGUGAUCGCCAUGUUCGCCGUCCUCUGGUGUCUCGUCCUCGCCAAGCUGGUGCAGAGGGUGUUCAACGAGUGGAAGGCGCAGGAGUCGCUCACCACCGCCGGUAACACCCACCUCAUUGCGUGCUACAUGCAGCACGUCGUCGACGAGGAGGAGGACAAGUUCAAGGAGCCGCCCCCGCCCCGCACCGGAGCCGGAACCGGGGACGCCGCCUUGGCACGGUGCAAGUACGUGGUGAUGGGGGAGGAGAAGCUCGUGCUGCUCGACACGAAGCAGGUCGUGGCCGCGAGGAAGAAGAAGAAGGACAGGGACGGCGGCAAGGUAGUGACCAUCACCACCCGUGGCUGCGGCUACGGCGUGGGGAGGUUCCCGGACCACCAGAGCGAGCAGAAGCACGCCCAUCUCCUCGUCGACCUCAGCAAGUCCGGCGAGGUCAUCACCGUCGACCAGAUCUCGACCAAGAUAAGCGUACCCCACUGGUGCUGCUGCUUCACGGGCAGAAGCUUCACCGAGCACCUGCACCUCCUGUGCUUCUCCUUCUCCCUCUUCAAGCUGCUCCGCCGCCGCCUGGAGCACUACCCGAUGGUGGAGGCCGGGUCGAGGAUGUCGAGGCGGCUGAUGCUCGACGGCCUGCUCGCCGGCGGGUCCAAGAAGACGUUCCAGGUGAUCCGGCAGGAGCUCGACUUCGUCGACCACUACUACGACACCGGCUCCCCCGUCGUCAUGUCGGCGCCAUGGCUCUUCUUGGUCAACUACUUUUUCUCCCUCUUCUUCGUCUGCAUGUACGUCGUCGCCGUCGUCAUCGUCAUCCUCGACAAGGACCUACGUGGUGGCGGUGGCGGUGGCGUAGCCCUCUACGUCGCCAUUGCCUGGCUGCUCGUCGUCACUCUCCUCACCAUCGAGUUCACGGAGCUUCUGACCUCCUACCUGCUGUCCAACUGGUUCAUGGUGCACCUGCUCUGCUUGCUCGCCAGCGACGGCGGCCGGCUGUGGAAGUGGCUCUGCCGGCCGGCGAUCCGCUGCUUCAUCGCCGGACGGUUCUUGCUCUUCUAUUCGUUCAAGUGCAUGCUUCGUCUCAGCUGCAGAGGCGUCGACGUCGAGACGAUCAGGCUCAAGCAGGUGUCCAUCCUACGAGUUUGUGAGCCGAUUCACAAGCUCUUGUCAUGGUCGCCACUGGUGAAGCUGCCAACGCAAGGCGGGGAGGACAUCGUCAACGUCUUGAAGAAGGCUCUCAGUGACAGUCUAAAAAGCAACGACAACGACGAUGGCGCCGGCGCCGGCGCCGUCGUCACAAUGCCCAAGUUACGCGGCCAGCUUGUUCUUGAGGGAGGUAGCGACACUUGUACACAAGCCAUCCUGGCGUGUCACCUCGCCACGGAGCUCAUGGAGCUGAAGCACGUCGUCAUGGUGGAGAAGAAGACGGAGACGACGACGAAGACGAAGAAGCUAUCGUGGUGCGAGCGGAGGAAGCAGAAGAGAGAGCAGGAGCCGCACCGGGGCGUCGUGACGGCGCUGUCGAGGUACUGCAUGUACCUGGUGGCGCGUUCGCCGGAGCUGCUGCCGGACAACGAGAGGUGGGUGUCCGACAGGUACGCGGACAUGAAGGGCUUCCUCCAGGAGACGUCCCGCCGGUGCUGCUGCUGCCCCUGCCGCCUGUGGAAGUGCGGGUGCUGGCGCACGGUGCUGAUGGACAUGGACGCCGACGAUGUCAGCGACCCGGCGGCCAAGGCCGGCGUGAAGCUCUUCAAGAAGCUGGACGUAGAGGCGUCCGCAUGGAAGGACCUCGCCGGCUUCUGGGUCAAGAUGGUCGUCUACAUUGCGCCGUCCAACGACGUGGAAGGCCAUGCCACGGCGCUGGCCGACAGCGGCGGCGACCUCAUCACCUACCUCUGGGCCAUCUGCACGCACACCGGCAUCAUCCGCAAGCCACUCGACAAGGCGCCGCCGGAGCUGCACGCCGGCGGCGAUCAGGUGUAGCACGCAGUAGCGUAGCUACCUAACCUACCCAUGCAUCGACGACGUCCACUCUCAUUCCGCCGGCCUCGUACGU